UGUCAAACCAUUCACCUCACCUCCCCCCAAAAUAAGUGAAAAGCCCUCAUGAGAGUGUCGCUAUCAGUUUCUGUGUUUCUGCGAAGCAAUUAUUCAAUUCACACCUGCUGAGUUCAACAAUGGUGUGGUUAGUCAUUCUUUGGAUACUCUUCUUCAUCAUCAACAUGGUUCUCAUCGGGUUGAAUCUCUACCAGAUUGUUUGCUUAUCGGACUUGGAGGCUGACUAUAUGAAUCCGUUCGAAUCAUCAUCUCGCAUUAAUGCUGUGAUUGUCCCUGAGUUUAUAUUGCAAGGUGUAUUCUGCGUUUUAUUCCUUGUGACAGGGCAUUGGCUCAUGUUCCUGGUUACCCUUCCUAUUACUUGCUACAAUAUGAUGUUAUUCAUGAAGAGACAGCAUCUUAUUGAUGUAACUGAAGUCUUCAGAUUUCUUAGUGCUGAGAAGAAGUAUCGGAUUGUCAAGCUUGCGUUUUACUUACUUCUCUUCAUCAUUGUCAUUGUCAGGUUUGUACUAACUGUUGUCUACUCUAUAAUGGAUGAAGAUGACGAAGCACAUGAAUUUGGGAUAUUUUGAUUUCCCAUUGCAUUGAUGAUCUAUAAUUCCACCCUUUGUAUCUAAUGACCCCUGAAUAUGUGGGAAAAUAGAAAUGUACUUUACUAACGUCAAUGUGUGAAACUUAGCAACCAACACUUCUAGUUAGCCUGUUUUCGCAUCAGCAAACCACAGGUUCUUCCAAUGUCUGAAAUAUUCCCAUUUGAUUUGUAAAUGUUGAGUUAUUUGAAGGAUGUGUUAGGGUUGGUGAACCAGUUAUACCCUUUUCAGAAAGUGAUUUAAGUGGUAGGCUAUCUCUACUGGCUAUCUUUGAUGGCACCACUGGAGAUGGCUGUUCAGC